CGCGCGCACACACACACACGCACACACGCUCACACACCAGACCGCUCUGGGUUUCUUUUGCCUUGAGUCUCACAGGGCUGUGAGAAACCAGGCGCAUCCCAAACCGAGCUGGCAGCUCCAAGCUCAGAAGCCAUGCCCUGCACAAAAGCUCGUCCUCACCAAGCUCCUGAGGAAUGAAAGCAACCCAGGAAUCCUCUGACCGCAGCAGUGAUGUGGACCAACCCCCUGGAGCCCGCACCCUCCCGAGGGCCAUAGAGGACUCGGGGAACUGGAGAGAGCUCAAGACAGGAAAUCCCAGCUUUCCCAAAGUCCCCGUGGAUGCUGACAAAAGGAGAUCCGGAUUUUUGGAAGAGGCCGUCUUAGGUUACCCAGCUGCAGAGUGAUUCUCCCCUCCGGCACUGAAUCUCACCCUCCAACCCCCAGCCGUUCUGAGUACCAUGAAGAAUUAUGAGGAUGUGUGACAGAGGUAUCCAGAUGUUGAUCACCACUGUAGGAGCCUUCGCAGCUUUUAGUUUAAUGACCAUUGCAGUGGGCACGGACUACUGGCUAUAUUCCAGAGGUGUGUGCAGGACUAAAUCUACAAGUGACAAUGAAACCAGCAGGAAGAAUGAAGAAGUAAUGACCCACUCUGGGUUGUGGAGGACCUGCUGCUUGGAAGGGGCUUUCCGAGGUGUGUGCAAGAAAAUUGAUCACUUCCCAGAAGACGCAGACUAUGAACAGGAUACAGCAGAAUAUCUUCUACGGGCUGUGAGGGCCUCCAGUGUAUUCCCCAUCCUCAGCGUCACUCUGCUCUUCUUCGGGGGCCUCUGUGUAGCUGCCAGCGAGUUCCACCGCAGCAGGCACAGUGUUAUCCUCAGUGCGGGCAUCUUCUUUGUCUCUGCAGGGCUGAGCAACAUCAUCGGCAUCAUAGUUUAUAUAUCAGCCAAUGCUGGAGACCCCGGGCAGAGGGACUCUAAAAAGAGCUACUCCUACGGCUGGUCCUUUUAUUUUGGAGCCUUCUCUUUCAUCAUCGCGGAAAUUGUGGGCGUGGUCGCCGUGCACAUCUACAUCGAGAAACAUCAGCAGUUGCGUGCCAGAUCCCACUCGGAGCUCCUGAAGAAGUCUACGUUUGCCCGCCUACCACCCUACAGGUAUAGAUUCCGAAGACGGUCCAGUUCUCGCUCCACUGAGCCUAGGUCUCGAGACCUGUCUCCCAUCAGCAAAGGCUUCCACACCAUCCCUUCCACUGACAUCUCCAUGUUCACCCUCUCCCGGGACCCCUCUAAGCUCACCAUGGGGACCCUUCUCAACUCUGACCGGGACCAUGGGUUUCUACAGUUCCACAAUUCCACGCCCAAAGAGUUCAAGGAGUCGCUGCAUAACAAUCCGGCCAACAGACGUACCACGCCUGUCUGAGCUGACCUCUGACCUCUGCCCCGCCGCCCAGCACAGCCUUGGGGGAAGUGUACACAGAUGUCUCUAAGGUUGCAUGGCAUGGUCCUCGUGAUGGUAUCACUUUUUACAAAGAACGAAACCAAAUGGACUCAGCCCCCUCCACAUCGGUCCCUCAUCCCUCAGCCCUUUAACCCAUCCACCUCCCCCAACUUUUCUCGCUCGUCCCUCAGUGUUACCCCCCUCUCUGUGUAUCUGUAC